UACGGAUGAGUAAAACAGCAAAAGACGCAGCCGUAAAAUGAAAAUACAACGAUUCAGUUUGAAAAUUAGCGCAUAAAAGGCUAUUGCAUGGAUUUAUAUAUAUUUCAGGUCAUCUGAUCGAAAACGAAUCAUGGGACAGUGUCUUUAAUUAGCACUUACUUCGAUCAUUAUCGCCCUUGCGGCUUACAAAGUAUAAGGCAGUACGCGUUAUUAUUUUAGUCGUUUUGUUUGUAUUCGGGGUUUGUAGAAAAUUCACAUUAAACCGAAGACGAUUCGAAAGCUGGAGAUACUCCUGGGCUGUCGUUCCUGUUAUCAUUGGGGCCUGGGGAUGCCGCAGUCGGAGCUCGCUAAAGAGCCAACGUUUCGGAUGUGAUCGUGUUGUGGGUGUUUCGGACUUGCAUACAGUGACCAGGUCAGGGAAAGAAGUAAUGUGCACUUGUCCAUGAUACCCAUUACUGGAUAUGCAGAAAAGGAUAUUGACACUUACUAUGGCUUCUCCCAUAUGCACAACAGAAGGGUUAUACUGUACCCAUAAUUCAGUGUGAAGAGGGAAUGAAACUCAGAGGGAGGGAUAUUCAAGAUCCUACCCUACCGUGGAUAUCCAACGUUUUGGGAGUGCAGAGUGUCAGACUGCGACUGAGACUGGAUCGUCGGGACGACAAAGGAAAACGCUGCUGGCAGUUGGUUGAUUUGGGUGGUGGAAGUGAAAGAAGAUUCCCAAGACUGAGAAGUCAAAUACAACUAGCCUCAUCACAAAACCCAAUGAGUAUUCCUGCAACUUCAACACAGAAACAAGACAACAGUGAAAUGCAAUCAUCUGCAAUGAGCCCUUCAUUCAUUCCUGGCCAAAGAGGGAAGAUACCAGGAAGAAAACGAGGAAGACCACCUUUACGCAGUACUGUCUCUAAAGUGGAUUUCCAAAAUCGUUAUUCUGAAUCCCUUUCUCCACUAAAAGUACCUAAGAAGAGGGGAAGAAAACCUGGAUUUAAGCUCAAGUCUCGGAUUAUGAUGACACCUUUGGCUAUCUCCCCGCCUAGCAGCACACCAGAGCCAGAUAUGAGUUCUAUUCCUCAAGAUGCUGCCACUGUUCCUCAUUCAGCCACACCUCAAGUGCUUACAGUUUGCAUAUAUAUAAACAAGCAAGCCAACACAGGUCCUAAUCUUGACAGGAAAAAAGUACAGCAGCUUCCGGAUCAUUUUGGACCAGACAGGCCCUCUGUAGUGCUGCAACAAGCAGUUCAAGCAUGUAUCGACUGUGCUUUCCAGCAAAAAGCUGUCUUCUCCCUGCUCACUCAAGGUUACGGCGGUGAAAAAAUAUCAGCUACUUUCGAUGGGAAACAACAUCUCCUGAGCUUACCUGUAGUGAACAGCAUCGGCUAUGUUCUACGCUUUCUGAAAAAGCUGUGCCGUAGUCUACAUUGUGAGAACCUUUUUAGUGACCAACCAUUUAUACAGCACAACGCCACCUCCUACCACUCUGAGAAGUAUUUUGAUGGGAAUGCGCACCCCAAAGCAGAAACAUCAAUGCCAGAAGACUACUUGGUUGACCCAGUUGACUCAAAGAGAUACUCUGUUGACCCCACCGAUUCUGCAUUUAAUGCAAUGAGCUCCCCAUAUCCAGCAAAGCCAUCAUACUCUUACCGGUCCUGCCAACAGUUUCAAGGGGGAUCUACUUCAGUGGGCAUGUGUAGGCAAACGUCCAGCCCCAGCACCUUUCAAGAAGGAAACAGAAGUGCCUAUAGCCCUUCACCUGAGUCCCAGGAUUCAAAUCCUCCACUUAGCAAAGAUCCUUCUACUUGGACUGUAGAAGAUGUUGUGUGGUUUGUAAAAGAUGCAGACCCCCAUGCCCUGGGACCACACGUAGAAGUGUUCAGGAAGCAUGAAAUUGAUGGAAAUGCUUUGCUGCUUCUGAAAAGUGACAUGAUCAUGAAAUACCUGGGACUGAAGCUUGGACCAGCACUGAAGCUUUGUUACCACAUUGAUAAAUUAAAACAGGCAAAAUUCUGAAUGUCAAGAUAAGAUCAUUUGGGGGUGAGAAAGCCGUUGGUUAGAUUCAGGAGUAUUACAUGGCGAAAAGACCUCACAAGGAUAAAAACAGUGAUUUAUUCUGUAUGAUAGUCUUCAACUGCGAUACAGAAGGGUUGUCAUUUUUGAACAAUUCUUCUUGGUCAUGUGGAGAUGUGUUGGCUGUGAGACUAUUUUCUGUAGAUAAUAAUAUGUAUCCGAUUAUAACUAAGGCCCUUUUUUUACUUUUUUUAACUACUUUAUACUGUACAAUUUUUCAGAGUUAGCUGCUUUUAUGUAUAGCCAGGAGGAGAACAUUAUGAACCUUCAAUAAUAUAAAGGGCAGCUAUGAAAGAGUCACCUUUCCACCUUAUAUACUUCCCUCUUUAAGUCAAAGUGAUACAGACCUCCUUUGAUGUCCAUCAAUGCCCCCGACCCUCUGUCGGACAUACAGUACUAUGGUUACUGGCUAACUUAAAUCAUUAGUAAUCCAAAGCGUUGCAAGUAUUUAUGAAGUCGGAUACAUCUCCACAACCAAGAUGUUUAUGUCAAUGAGAUUAUGUAUCCAGAAAUUGGAUUUAUUAGUGCAGCGAUGUGUUUAACAACUUGAUAAUAUCAGACAGAAAUUAUUAUUUUUAUAUUUUUGAAACAAGUUAAAUUUAAUUUGGAUAUCUGGGAGAGAUUAUUCUCAACUGUAAUAUUUUCUGGCAUCACAUACUGUGUGCUAAGAUCCUAAAUUAACUGUCAGGACACAAAUACCUUAAAUCUCUCUCUUUACAUUCCUUCACACUAUACACAACCUCCACAGUUGCUUUAGAUGUAAAUUAUGUUGGGGGGGGGGGACAUUUUAUAAAGUCCUUUUUUUUAUUUUUUUUUAAGCUAAAUAUAUAAGCUUGAUGUUUUAUAUUGUUGUAUUGGAUUACAUUGCAAAUGUAAAUACGUUUGUUUAAAGAAGUUCAUAAUAAUGUAUGUUCUUAUGAGAAAGUCUGUACUGUCAUGUUUCAAAGUUGACAUAUAUAUUUUUUUUCUCAUAUUAGGUUGGUAUUUGUUUUGAACAUUGAUAUAUUAAAAUUGUAAAAACAAAAUAAUGUGGACAAUUUGGAUAGUUACAUCAGCUAUGUAAUUGCCUUUUUGUCACUUCUGUUGUACAAGUUACUUGAUUUUUAUUUGUAUUUAUUUAUUUGUAUUUUUUUUUUUUGUUUUUUUUUUUUGCUAAUAGCCCACAGUGAUGCAUUUGAGUGCAAGCCAUCUGUUCAUUUUUCCAAAGUAAUUUCUCUUGUGAUUGGCACAAAAUUAGCUGGGAGCGAACAUAGGAUAUAUGUGUUUUUUUGUUUUUUUCUAGUAAGCCAAGGACCAUAACUGAAAAAUACUAUUCUACAUUUGUAGCAGGCUGCUAUAUGUGUCUCAUAUCUGGCAAUGUCACCCCAUAAUCCACUAGACACACCACUUUUUGCAUUAUUUUGUCUACAAUUGGGUGUUUCUGUCAGUGUAUGUUUUUAUAUGUGCACAUGCCCACAUAAUUGGUGUAUUAUUAUUUUUUUUUUUUUUAAACAACAUGUGUCUUUCAGUGUUAUGUUUUAACCACAGGCACAAGCCACAAUUAAUGUGUUUUUUUAAUCUUAGUUCUUUUAUAAUGAGGCACUGGUUUAGCCAUACCAGUUUAGCUGCUACAUGCAUUUUUCCCAUUGGUGCUGAUAUUUUCUUUGUUUUUUUUUUAUUUGCAUUUAUGUAUACUAAAAUAUAAAUGUACUUUUUAUAGAUUUGACCAGCAAGCAACUGGUUAAUUUAUAUUUAAUAAAACAAAAAAACUUUACCUUUAGGCCAAAACGUCUAUAAACCAAACUUCAUAGCAUCUCCUUGCUUUAUCCCUCUUAUUUUUAUUCAGAAGUAAACAGCAUUAGAAUUAUAUUUUUGAAUUAUAUCAUUCUCUUUCAUUUUUAGUUGUGUUUUUACUGUGUGAUUUGUUGUUUUUAAAAUCAGCAAUGUCAUUGAUUAUCUAUUUUUUUUUUCUCUGCAGCAUGAAUCAAAGUUUGUAGGUUUUGCUUCAAACACCAUAGUGUCCAGAUAAUGGUCACAUUUGAGGUAGUGGAAUGGCUGCUUUCACAAACCUUUUUUGGAACGUUGGAUGCUUCAGCAUUUUGGCUCAGCUACUCUGUGCGCUCCUUAUCCCCAUUAGAAACAACUAAGUAUUUUCAGCUUCUUGUAUUAAAUGUUCAAGAAAUGAUAGGAAAAUUUCAGCCUCUGAAAUUUUACAGCCAUAAUGGUAUAUGUUCCAAGAAAUUCUUUUCUUUUUUUUCUCAUUAAGUGUUACUUUGAGCCAAUUUCUACAUAUUAGGAGCAAGAGAGCCUGGUUAGUAUUAUUCAAAAAAGGGAAACAGAAAAGACUUGCGCUGCUGGAGGCAAACACACUUGCUAACGUAGAUAAUGCUUUUGCACAACUUGAACAUCCAGCUCUGGUGGAUAUUUCUUUAUGAAGGAGUCAUGUGUUUUGUUUUGGCUUCUACCUAUAGACAUUUCAAUUGGUUCCAUGGUUUGCAUGGAAUUAUUCCCAGUAGCUUCAGUAUGUUAGGGAUUUCUAUUGUAUAUAUUUUUUUAAAUAUCUUACAAGAUGCAAGUAGAGAUUGCAUUAUUGUACAGUUAUUUCUAUGGUAUUUUUGUUUGUUUAAUGGUGCUAUAGCAAUUUCUUGCAUUUCAGACAAUUUUUUAAAGAAUCAUUAAAAUGUCUAAGCUUAUCUCAAUAUUUAGCUCGUUUGCUUUCAGCAACUCAGAUAAAUUAAAAAGAAAUAUUCUUCAAGGCAGACAAAUAAUACUUCCAUUUUCUAGGUCAUUUAUGAUAAUGUUUUGCUUUUUUUACAUAUAUAUUUAAUAAUAACAUGCUUUUUAUAGAUUUUGUGUUUUGAUGACUGAUAGGGAAAUAAGUGCAAUCAGGAAAUGUCCUACUGACAUGUUGCUAUGGAAGACAUAAUAUGUCUACUGAUACUCAGCUUGUCUGUCUGGUGAGUGCAAAUGCUGCAGUUUGUUUUUAAUGCAAGAAUUAUAGUUUAUUCUCUUGGUGAAUGGGUAAGGUGGAAUACAAAACAAAGUAUUUUAUUUCUAUGUUGUAUAGAUUGAAAGAAUCUUCUGCUUGUUGUUUGUGGUACCAGCAGUGCACAACAUCUGCUUCUUAGGGGAUGCAGUAAGGCCUUCUGUUAUAACAUGGAGGGAACUUCAAGUACUUGAAAACAAGUGCAGGUCUGCAAAAUUAAUUUAGUUGAAUAAGCCAAUGCCAGGAAAGUGGGCAGAUCUGUACCCAUUCACAUAAACCCUAAGUAUUUUGCUUCUGUUGCUUUGCUAUUUUUUUGCACCUGCAAGAUGCAGUAUAUUAAAUCUAUAAAUGUAAACCACCACAUGUGGUAACAGCACAUAAUCAGCUUGGUCAGGUCAGGGUUGUAUGAACAAUCUGGCAUCGCUCACCUUAGUAGAACGUGUCAAUCUUCCUAACUACAUCACUUAAAGUAAAGAAAUGAAAGACAGUUGUUACAGGCUGUACUGUCUUAACAUUUUGUGUUCUGUUCUACACAUUUUUCUUCCUGAAGUUAUGAUGCAGAUAUCCCGGCAGGGAUCAAAGCUUGCUUAGUCGGCUCUGCUACUGUCUCUGUGCUUGUUUGUAGUAUUGUUUGUCUCUCAUUUUUGCCAUUGUGAAAGGAUGAAUGUUUUCUCCUUACAGCUAUUAGGAGUUAUCAUAUCAGUACUGAUGUUUGCUCAUGUGUUAACAUUUUGGUUGUUUCCGUUUGGAAGGUAUUUAUGACUGUGUACAGUUUUGAUUAUUUGAUCAAAUUCAUCUGUUCAACCUAAAUUGAAUAUACAGUAUGCAGUAAAUGAGUGAGUUGUCUGUGUGAAUAUGGAAAAAUGGAUGAUAAAACUUAGGUUGCCCUGAGCCUUAUGCUGUAUAAACUGGAAGGCAAAUUAAAAAUACCAGGGGAGUGGUGUGAUUGUGUGCAACCUACUAUGAUUUUUGUUUUUUAUUCCUCCCCAAUCAAGGUGGGCCAGGCUUCUGCUUAGCUCCUAUUGUGGUGCUUUUGGCUCCAUCCCCCUCUUCAGUAGCUGAGUAUAUUCUCUGUGUUCAAGUUCAUAGACAUGAAUUUCUUUAUCAGAGGGGGAUUCCAAUAUUGCAGUGGUAGGCAGUUUCAUCUUGUGAUUGUGGAUUGGGAUUUGAAAAUGAAAAAUUUGCAGUUUCAUAUUUCACUGCUGAUUAAAACAGCUUUAAAACAUAUUUGUAAAAACACUUUAUGAAUAAACAGAUUUGACUUUGUGUCAGUAUGGAGGGAUUUUAUAAACCAAAAGCAGAUUCUGCUCUAGGCAUCUGCUUACUCAUGGUGUAGCACAGAGCAGCUUAGAUGCUUACUAAGUCAAAGCAUUUAUUUUAGGGUGAGGUGCAUGGCCGUUCUACUGACAAAAAUGGACAAUCACUGUGUUGUGUCUCUAAAUUGUCUCUUACUUUUAGCAAACACUAUUUUGCAAAGGCUAAGCCUACAUGACACUGCACAGUUUCUGACUUUUUUUUUAUAUCAAGCCAGCUGCUGAGAUGGCAUCAGAAUUUCUGGUGAAAUAAAUGAAAGAAGAAAAGGCAAAGUAGCACAAAUAAUAUUUGCAUCCAAAAAAGACUGAGACCAGAGGCUUUAAUGUGCUGGAUGGUCUUAUAAUGCCAUAUUUGACACCAGCCAGCCCUAUGGUUCCAUAGUAGUGCAGAGGCACAUGUAGUCUGACACUAGUGAAAAACCCUCAUGAUCCCUAUCUUCAGCUGAAAGAAAUAUAUUGAAAGCACAGCUUUAAGGAGCCAUAUGAUAUGGGAAACUCUCCAUGAGCUGGAUGGGCCAAUAGUACUGCUUUUAUAUUGUCCAACCAUUGUGUUCUGGAAUGCUGCUGGGGCACAAAUAGUUUGACACUGCUAGUAGACCUAAACAGCACCCAUCUUCAGCCAUUAGGACAAUAUGUUGGUACCACUAGUUAGGCCCAUUGUCUUUACAUGCUGAACAUAGUCCCCAGUAUAUUUGCUGGAAACCUGCAUAGUAGCAGUCCUCAGCUUCUGUGAGAGUAAAGCUAGCAUUUUCUGGGGCACAGUUAAUGUAUAUUCUGUACUUGCAAUUUAACAAACUGUCGUGUGAGGUAUGCUGGAAUGCAUUGUUGUCCAAAAGAUGCUACAGUAGGAAAGGUGCAGAGCAGUAUGACAUGAGCAGUAUAAUGGCAGCAACAGUCCAGCAGUCAUGGCACAUGAUACAUGACAGCAGAAUUGGACUUCAUGUCUUUCUUUUGAUAACAAAAAAAGAGAAUAGGCAGUAACUUCAGAACCUUGUAGAAAUGAAUAUCCAGCCCACGGUGUCCUCUGGCUUAGAGUGUAAGCACAACAAACUCCCAGCCUUUAGGAAUGGUGGUAGGAAACUAGAGUCAUGUUAAUUUGAAAAUAAAGAAUAAGCACAGGAAAAGCCAAAAGUACAGGCAUGUUUGAGUGCCAAGUGUUAUUUAAUGUACGAGGUACAGGUUAUGCUGCAAGAGUAAAGUUAUAUAAAAGGAUUAUACUUGGUUUGUGAAUUAACCAAGCGGCAAAUUGCUGUAAAUGAUUCACUGUUGUAUCAAUACUGUGCACUUUUAAUAAUAAAAAAACCCAUUAUUUUCUGUUGAAUUAGACAAUAAAAGUUUAAUGGAUAAUGGAUAGGGGUAAGACCUCCUUUAUUGGACAUGUUUAUGUUGGGAAUGUCAUGGAGGAAUGGGACAAGAUUGAGAGGAUGGAGGGCUGCAGAUGUUUACACCAGUGUUCCUGGAACUGAAAGUAUUGUAUAUACGUUGAGGCCCUCUCAACAUUUUUGGGGGUGUUGAGGGUCUUGAGGGUGUUGAAGCCACAAGGAUUUCUAGCCUGAAUACCCCAGUCUUGGUGCUGCUUAAAAGAAGAGAACUGUUACCUUCUGAGCAAUCAUUGAAUGUCACAGAUAACAGUUAGCUGGGCAAACUUUCACUAGAGGAGCUAGAGUUAAUCAGAAGUGGAAAACAGAAAAGAGCAGAAAUGCCCCAUAAUGGACCAGCAGGCACUCGAGCAAGGGCGUUGGAUAGGCUUAGUUUCCUUUUGCAUUUACAGGCUUUCGGUGAUCUCUGGGUGUUCCCUGGCAUGCACAUUCUGAAUUUACAGGAGAACAUUAUCUUAAAUCAGCAUUAUAUUCACUAAUUUGCAGUUUGGUGUAUACAUAAAAACAAAUGCAGUUCCAGAUACUUCCUAUUUGUAUGUGUCCUAUUAAGUUUUAGGGAGAGAGGCACAGCCUUAGCAGGCAUUUGCAUUUGAAAAUGACAAUACGUUUGCACAAGGAAUAGCCAUAAAAUGACUCUAGAAUCACUUUAAAAUGAUAUUUACUGUGCCUCCCUGCCCCAUGUUAAUAAUGGAGAAGCAUGUUGAGUUAAGUGUAGCUAAACUUUCCAAGCCCUCAGAAUGCAUCCAUCCUUCUUGUCAUGGCAUGCAUCUCUGACAGUACAGCAUUAUUACAUUUCAGUUAUAGCAAAUAUCACGUCUGCCAGAUAUUAUUCAAAAUAGUUCUCUGAAAGCAAUAUUUUUUUUUUUUUUUGCCAAGUGAAGUGAUUUAUUUUAUGACUGCUUUAGUCUCAGAUUUUUUGUAAAGACUGUUAUUUUUUAAUCCAUAAUUUUAUUUUAUUUUAAGAAGCACAUUGUUCUGUAAAGUGCUGUAUAGUGAUGUAUGUCUCAAAGGUUGCACAAUAUGUAAACUGCUUCAAUAAAGGAAUUGUAAUGUUUAUGAAAA